AUGACUGAAAAGGCCCCAGAACCACACCUGGAAGAAGAUGAUGAUGACCUGGACAGCAAGCUCAAUUACAAGCCCCCACCUCAGAAGUCCCUGAAAGAGCUACAGGAGAUGGAUAAAGAUGAUGAAAGUCUAGCCAAGUACAAGAAAACACUUCUGGGGGAUGGUCCUGUAGUAGUAGACCCAACAGCCCCCAAUGUAACGGUCACCCGGCUAACCCUGGUAUGUGAUAGUGCCCCAGGACCAAUCACCAUGGACCUGACUGGGGAUCUUGAAGCUCUCAAAAAAGAAACCUUCGUGCUAAAGGAAGGAGCUGAAUAUAAAGUCAAAAUUCACUUCAAAGUAAACAAGGAUAUUGUGUCAGGACUGAAAUAUGUUCAACACACCUACCGAACUGGGGUGAAAGUGGAUAAGGCGACAUUCAUGGUUGGCAGUUAUGGGCCUCGGCCUGAGGAGUAUGAGUUCCUGACUCCAACUGAAGAGGCUCCGAAGGGCAUGCUGGCCCGGGGCACUUACCACAACAAGUCAUUCUUCACCGACGAUGACAAGCAUGACCACCUUACCUGGGAGUGGAACCUGUCCAUUAAGAAGGAGUGGACAGAAUGA